GUUCCCAUAUCUUCUGUGUGUCGUAUUUGGAAGGGGUGCAAGUGUAUGUGUGUGCAUGUAUGAGUAUUUAAAAGACUACGAGUGUGUGUUAGUGCCCUUAAAGUACAGAGGACUGAUAACUCCUCAGGAUGGAUCAGCUGCUUGUGGUGACUUUAGUGGUGGUGGCUUUCUGCUCUUUAGGGAGCGUGGAUUCUUCAGCCUAUGACAAGAUAGUCAGCCACAGCCGAAUACGGGCCAGGAACGAAGGGCCCAAUGUGUGCGCUCUGCAGGAAGUCAUAGGAUCCAAGAAGAAGUACUUCAGCACAUGUAGGAACUGGUACAAACACUCCAUCUGUGGCAAGAAGGCUACAGUCAUAUAUGAAUGUUGCCCUGGGUACAUGAAGCUGGAAGGCAUGAAAGGAUGCCCUGCAGUGGCUCCCAUUGACCAUGUAUAUGGCACGUUGGGGCUGGUAAAGGCCACAACCACACAGCAAUACUCUGACAUGUCCAAGCUGAGAGAGGAAAUAGAGGGCGAGGGCUCCUUCACCAUGUUUGCACCAAGCAAUGAUGCCUGGGAUAACUUGGAUGCUACUGUACGGUCUGCUCUGGUGAGCAAUGUGAACAUCGAGCUUUACAAUGCUCUUCACUUCCACAUGGUGAACCGCCGUCUUCUGACCAAAGACAUGAAGAAUGGCAUGACUGUCACUUCCAUGUACGAUAACCAGGGGCUUUUCAUCAACCACUACUCAAAUGGGGUUGUCACAGUGAACUGUGCCAGGAUCAUCCAUGGUAACCAGAUGGCCACAAACGGUGUGGUGCAUGUCAUCGAUCGGGCAAUCAGUGGUGUUGGUAAUACCAUCAAGGACAUCCUGGAUUCUAACGAUGACCUGUCCUCAUUCAGUGCUGCAGCAAUAGCUUCUGGUGUGAUGGACAAGCUGGAAAAGCCUGGUCAAUUUACUUUGUUCGCUCCAACAAAUGAAGCUUUUGACAAACUGAGCCCAGGCCGCUUGGAGCGUAUCAUGGAAGACAAGGAUGUCAUUGCAGCCCUGGUGAAUUACCACCUGCUGAACAGUGUUCAGUGCGCAGAAGCAAUCAUGGCAGGAUCAGUGUAUGAGACAGCGGAGGGCAGCACCAUCGAGAUCGGCUGUGAUGGUGACAGUCUGACUGUCAAUGGCAUCAAGAUGGUGCUGAAGAAGGACAUUGUAACCACAAAUGGUGUCAUUCAUCUCAUAGACCAGGUGCUCAUCCCUAAUUCAGCCAAGGAAGUUAUGGAGCUGAUGGGACAGUCCCAGAGCUUAUUUGGCGACAUGGUGUCUGAACUGGGCUUAGCAGCUGACCUUGGUGCACAGACAGAGUACACACUCCUCGCUCCCUUCAACAGCAUCUUCACUGAUGAGGUCAUGUCAAUAGACCAGAGCCUCCUGAGAAUCAUUUUGGAAAACCACAUCUUGAAGCUGAAAGUCACACUGAGUGAGCUUUACAACGGACAGCUGCUGGAAACGUUCGCUGGCACACUCCUCAGAGUCUUCAUUUACCGCACUGCUGUGUGCAUAGAAAGUGCAUGUAUGGUGCAAGGCAGUAAGGAGGGAAACAAUGGGGCCCUCCAUCUUGUGAGGUCCCUCAUCAAACCGGCUGACAAAACAAUCUACGAGUAUUUGAUUGCUGAUGGGAGGUUCAAGAUUUUCUUGUCACUGAUGGAGACAGCAGAGCUGCUGGAUCUGUUGAAGCAGGAAGGCUCCUAUACCGUCUUUGCACCAACUGAUGAGGCCUUUGAUGGGCUCAAUAAAGAGGACUUAGCUUUGCUAAGAGGUGAUCUAAAUGCUUUGAGAACCAUCCUUCUCUAUCACUUCAGUAAUGGCAUCUUCAUCAAUGGAGGAUUAGAGAGAGGAGUUAUCAAUCUGCUCAAAACCUUGCAGGGUAACAACCUGCAAGUUAAAUAUGUGAACAACUCUAUCCAUGUCAACUCAGUGGACGUGCCAGAAAGUGACCUGAUGGCAAAGAAUGGCGUCAUCCAUGUGGUGAAGAAUGUUCUCUAUCCUGGUGACCUUCCUGUGGGCCGUCAGGACCUCCUGGUUCUGCUUAAGAAGCUGAUUAAGUACAUCCAGAUAAAGUAUCUUUCUGGAUUUUCUUAUACUGAGAUCCCACUCACCUUCAUCAAGAGAACGGUCACAACUCAUUACAUUGAAGGUCCUGAGACGAAAGUGAUCAGAGUCAUUGAAAAGCCAUCUGUCACCAAGGUUGUUGAGGGGUUGCCAAGCACCACUGUAACAAGGGUCAUAGAAAAACCAACAGUCACAAGGAAGGUGGUUGUUGAGGCUGAGCCUGUGGUUACCACGGUAACAAGAGUUAUCAAGGGACAGCCGUCUGUUACUAAAGUUACAAGAGUUAUCAGUGGUACAGAAGUUGAUGCAGAGACAAAGACGAUUACAGGUGGAACCGGACACAUCACGGUCAACGAGCCUCAGAUCAUUGAGGUCCCAGAUUUCUCUAAGAUAACCACCUUCCGUGGAGAUCCUGAUCUGAUCAGCAAGGAAUCGGAGAAAAUUACUAAAAUGAUUCAAGGAGGAGGUAGACUUGCUGCUGCUAGGAAAGCACCAGUUGGCAUUAGGAGAAGAGCAAGGCUGGCUAGACGUCAUCACAAGCCAAGGGAGUAAAGCCAGAGGAAAAAAAAAUACAAAGACUGAAUGCAUGCCCAGCACUUCUGGACAAGUGUUGGUGUUUUAAAAGAUUGUGGACUGAUAGAGAGGGACCAAAACAAUCGAGUGAUUUCUUUGCUCUGUCUGAAUCAUACUGUGUGUGCUAGGCAUGAUGUGUUACGGUUAUGAAAUGGAAUUAAAAUACCCUUCAUGUAAGAAAUAUUGGUGGGUAAAUAUGGGUCAAAUGUGAGACAUAUUUGAAAGGUUUUCUCUGAGUUUGCUCUUUUUAAGCAUGUCAUUUUCUAAAUAGACUCGGUUGGAGGACUUUAAUAUGCUUUUUAUGGUGCUUGUAUUCUAUACAGGGGAUGCAUUUUGAUGAAUGCAAUAAAUUGUUUUGCUACCAUUAUGCUGUACUGUACCCCUGUAAAUUAUCACAUGAUAAUUAAAAGAUACAUUUAAUUCUUUUUCCAGUUUUUCUGGCUACUUUUAAUUAAGAAAAUCCUUGCUUUUGAAUAUUACACAUCAAAACACAUAGACACAUAGAAACCAAGUUUCCUAAUAAUGUUUAUGACUGUAAAACAUGCAUGGAGUUAAAAUGAUGACUUGUUACUUGUUUUUCCAUGUUUUAAUAUAUUUGUUUUUCAUCAUAUUAAAGGUCUUUCCUUAUUUG